CCCUCAGCAAACCACCACAAGUGGCGUACCAUCCCGUCUGUGCUUCGCCAAAAGAAACCCCUCAAGGAUCUCCCCAGCACGUGAAACCCAGCCGUGGGGGAAGGAGGUGUGGACUGGGGGACGGGAGACGGAGAAUUGCCCCCCUCCGCCAGACCCCAGCGAGCCCAGGUCGAACAGGACCCUGAAUUCCAAACUCACCUUCCCUGACCUUGGAGAUCUUCAACGGGUACGUGGCUUGCCACGAAGACCGAACCAGGGAAACCUCUGUUCGCCCCCGAACAGCCUGUGUAUCAGAAAUCUGUCGAUCUUCCCCAGACUCUUCCACGAUCCCCGGUCGUCUCCGCGCCCCGCACUUGGAAGCGGGAAGAAAGAAAGACGGAAGAGCUCGGCUAAUAGUGUACAUAGACGAACAGACCUCGAGAUGGUAACCGCAGUAAUACCAAGGUGGUAUGGUAUAGGCAGGGUAGGCACUUAUACCAGCGCAAGUCCCAACCAACUGCUCGACCAGGACCGAGUCGUGCGAGUCAAGUCAAACAAAACACAACACAAAAAAAAAAAAAAAAAAGAGGAACCCCCUCCGUCAUCGCGCGCAACAAAAGUGGUGCAACUUCAACCGGGGGGACAGGGGGAGAAGGCAGGGGGGGUUACAGCAACGGCAUGGUCCCCCCCAUAUGUCGUGCAUCGGUCGCACAACCACACCACACCAACAACGGCGUCUGCGCAUGUAUGUCCAUGUAUGUACUCCACAGACAAGCGGUCAGCCGCCGUGCCGUCCUGUCUUAAGAGGUAUGUGUGUGUGCGUCUGUUGUGCAGCACGCAAAGGCCGCACGAAUCAGUUGCCGGCAUGCGGCAUUGGAGUGGCCGACUUCGGCAAUCUGGACGCCGAACAGACACACCCACACACACACUCACACCAGACGGAAGGCGGUUGGUGGGGGGGAGAUGGAAGGGAAGAGGGGGCGGGGUCGGUGUUGAGACAAAGGGUGAAUCCGGGAUGGACUCGGCAGGCAAGGGAUGGGGUAUGGGAAGGGUAAGGUGAGGACUGAGGCAGGCAAAGAGGUAAAGGUGUUCUCGGUGGCGGUGGGGUUUGGGGGGGUUCAACCGUCACGAUGGGGAGCCUUU